UUUUAUUUUGAAAUUCCACCUCGCGGCGCUUUAUGUAACACCUCGUUCAAACAGAAGUGAGGGCAGAUGCCGCCCCGAUCGCAGUCGCACCGUCAACUCGGCACGCGCAAGAUCGACUUCGCCUCAGAACCUUUCAAAGAACAAGAUCCAAGAUGUGCGGUAUCUGGGCUAUGUUUGGCAGUGAUGAGUGCCUGUCAGCUCAGUGCACCAGUGCCAUGAAGAUAGCACACAGAGGCCCAGACGCCUUCCGCUUUGAGAAUAUCAAUGGAUACAUCAACUGCUGCUUUGGCUUCCAUCAUCUGGCUAUUUUGGAUCAGCUGCAUGGCAUGCAGCCCUUGCAUGUCAAGAAAUUUCCUUUUUUGUGGCUGUGCUACAAUGGAGAGAUUUACAACCAUCUCACACUAAAGAACCAAUUUGAGUUUGAUUGCCAAACAAAAGUGGACGGUGAGGUUUUGCUGCAUAUGUAUGAUCGGUUUGGCAUUCAGAAGGCGGUGGCUCUCCUGGAUGGCACUUUUGCUUUUGUUCUGUUGGACACGAAAAACCGAAAAGUGUUCCUUGGAAGGGACACAUAUGGAGUGCGACCUUUGUUUAGACUUCUGACUGACAACGGAUUACUUGGAGUCAGCUCCGAAGCCAAAGGUCUUUUGGAUGUUAUCCAUUCCGUGGGAACUCCUGCCAAAAUCAUCCCCUUUCUGCCGGGACAUUUUGAAGUCUUUGAUUUGAAGCCCAAUGGCAAAGUGAAGUCCAUUCUGUUGGAGCAGUUUCAUGAAUGCACAAAAGAGCCCACUCAUGCCAUCUACGACACUGUGGGGAGACUGCCAACAAGUUUUGAUGAAGACAUUGUGAAGGACAACAUCAGAGCCCUGUUUGAGAAUGCAGUUAGGAAACGUCUCAUGUCCAACAGGAGGAUUGGUUGUCUUCUCUCAGGGGGUCUGGAUUCCAGUUUGGUUGCUGCAACAUUGAUGAAACUAGGAAAAGAAGGGGGACUGAAAUAUCCUAUUCAAACAUUUUCAAUUGGGUCAGAGGACAGCCCGGACAUCUUAGCUGCCCGUAAGGUUGCAGCUUACAUUGGCAGUGAACACCAUGAGGUGAACUUCACUGCAGAAGAAGGCAUUCAGGCUGUGGAGAAAGUCAUUGUAAGCCUUGAGACUUAUGACAUCACCACCAUACGUGCUUCUGUUGGAAUGUACUUGGUUUCUAACUAUAUCCGUGAGAAGACUGACAGUGUGGUGAUCUUCUCUGGAGAAGGCUCAGAUGAACUCACACAAGGGUACAUUUACUUCCACAAGGCUCCAAGUGCCAAAGCAGGAGCAGAAGAGAGUAUUCGACUGCUGAAAGAACUCUACCUGUUUGAUAAUCUCCGAGCUGAUCGCACCACUUCUGCACACGGUUUGGAGCUCAGAGUACCUUUCCUGGACCACAGACUGACAGCAUACUACCUAUCCCUGCCUGAGGAGAUGAGAAAUCCCAGGCAUGGAGUGGAGAAGUACCUUUUGAGGGACUCAUUCAGAGGUCAGAAUUUGAUCCCUGAUGAGAUCCUGUGGAGGAGGAAAGAAGCCUUCAGUGAUGGUGUGAUGUCUGUUAAGAAGUCCUGGUAUGUCUACCUAGAGGAGUACCUUGGAUCUGUGGUGACUGACGGCCAGAUGACCAAUGCUCCAAACAUCUUCCCUCAUAACACUCCCCGAACCAAAGAGGCAUACUACUUCAGACAGGUGUUUGAAAAACACUACCCUGACCAUGCCGAGUUGCUCCCGCAUUUCUGGAUGCCGCGCUGGAUUGCUGCCACUGACCCAUCGGCCCGCACGCUGUCCAUCUACAACAAGUGACAAGUUGAAAACAUGUCAAGUCACUCGGCAAGCGACAAGCUCCAAUACAAGUUUGGCUCUUCACCAAAUUCCAAAUUCGCAAAGCAUUUUCGGCACAUCUGGCUGUCAAUAAUAUAUAAUAUAUAAUAAAUAUAUCAAUUAUAAAUGUAGAAUAAUUGCCAAACAAAUGAAGUAGUUAAAAAAAAGACAUAUUUUUCGGUUUCAAGGUACACCGAUGACACACUCAGAGCUUGAUAAGCAUGGUUUUGUGCAAAUUGUGCGAAAAGGAGUUUUCAUAUCACCCAAGCACUUCAAGCCUCCGACAUGUGAUCCAACUUUGGAACUGCCACGCGGAAAACAUUUCAAAGCAAUACUGUUAUUUUAAGAAACUGCCCUUCAUGGCGCUUUAACUUCAGGUCUGUUGAAAUUUUGGCCAGGGAUAUUUUCGAUUCGUUUUUUUUUUACGGUUUUGUAUUGAAAUGCAAUGAUGCAUUUUUUUUCCAGCGUUAACAAUGUUCCUGUCUGUGCCAAACCAUCAUGUAAUCGACGCCUAGUUGUGCUAGUUAUCGCAGCAUGCACCGUGCUAUCCUGAGUUCCGCGGUUGGUCACGUGACCGUCACAAUUUCAAUCAACAGCACAGGGUGAUCGCUAUUAUAAAUAAACGAUUGACAUUUUUCAUAUAGUUCUCAAGAAAUAUAAGAACUACAAUAUUACUAUAAAUGUGAAGUUAUAGUUAGAUUUUUAAUGAAAAUAUUAUUAAAAAAUCGAAUUGUUUAUUUAACCAUCGGUCAGAAAUUUGGAUAUGAAACGAAUCUGAACUUUGGUUUCUCGUUACAGGACUAAUCUAUUUCAAUAGUCCCGCCAUCCAUUUUCUCUACCGCUAAUCCUCACUCGGAUCGCGGGCGUGCUGGAGCCAAUCCCAGUACGCCCUGAACUGGUCGCCAGAGGACAUUUCAAUAAUUUCUUCACAAAAUAUUGUUGGGCAACCUUGGGUCUCUUGAAUGGUGUUAAAUGAGCAUAUCAGACCCCCUUACAUGUUUCACUCUUUGUUGCAGCCAUUUGCUAAAAUCAUUGAUUUUUUAUUUUCCUCAAUGUAGACACAGCACCCCAUAUUAACAGAGAAAAACGGAAUUGUUGAAAUUUCUGCAGAUUUAUUAAAAAAGAUGAACUGAAAUAUCCCACAGCCGUAAGUAUUCAGACCCUGUGCUCAGUAUUUAGUACAGGCAGCCUUUGGAGCGAAUACAGCCAUGAGUCUUUUUGGGAAUGAUGCGACAGGUUUUUGAUAUCUGGAUUUGGGGAUCCUCUGCCAUUCCUCCUUGCAGAUCCUCUCCUGUUCUGUCAGUUUGGAUGGUGAACGUUGGUGGGGAGCCAUUUUCAGGCCUUUCCAGAGAUGCUCAAUUGGGUUUAAGUCAGGGCUCUGGCUGGGCCAUUCAAGAACAGUCACGGAGUUGUUCUGAAGCCAUCCAUCCAUCCAUGUCCCGAGCCGCUUCUCCUCACUUGGGUCGCGGGCGUGCUGGAUCCUAUCCCAGCUAUCAUCGGGCAGGAGGCGCUGUACACCCUGAACUGGUUGCCAGCCAAUCUCAGGGCACACAUAAACAAAAAAAAAACAUUCGCACUCACAUUCAUACCUACGGGCAAUUUAGAGUCUUCAAUUAACCUACCAUGCCACUGUGCUCUUAGGAACCUUAAGUGCAGCAGAAUUUGUAUUGUAACCUUGGCCAGAUCUGUGCCUUGCCACAAUUCUGUCUCUGAGCUCUUCAGGCAGUUCCCUUGACCUCAUGAUUCUCAUUUGCUCUGACAUGCACUGUGAGCUGUGAGGUCUCGUAUAGACAGGUGUGUGGCUUUCCUCAUCAAGUCCAAUCAGCAUAAUCACACACAGCUGGACUCCAACGACGGUGUAGAACCAUCUCAAGGAUGAUCAGAAGAAAUGGAAAUAGCACCCGAGUUUAAUAUAUAUGAGUGUCACAGCAAAGGGUCUGAAUACUUAUGGCUGUGUGAUAUUUUUUAAUAAAUCUGCAAAAAAUGUCAACAAUUCCAUUUUUUUUUUCUGUCAAAAAAUGAACAUAAAUGACACACACGAGAGUUAAAAAGUAAUUGAUGAUUUCAAAGUGUUCGGAAAGGCAAUCCUUAUUGACGGAGGAAAUGGCGGAGGCCCAUUGAAAUCCAUUUUUACAACCGUAAAUACAAAAGUGCAAAACAGUAAUGACAAACAACGGCUUGAUAAAAAUACACAAGUUACGUGUCGCCCUUCAAACUGCGGCCACAAAUGAUGCUGAGUGCUCAUUGACCCCAUUACACUCUUUCUACAAUCGCAUGUCAUAGUUUCACGCAGAAAUGAAACCAUUUAUUUUGCUGUCGGCUAUAUGAAAAUGACCCCGACACACCUGUGACCACUUUAAAGUCAUCAAUUCAUCUACCAUGCAUGUUUUUUAUUUUUGGGGGGGGGGGGGUUUGUUUGUUUUAACUGCGUAUGACUGUCGCAACGCUUCGCAUUAAAGGACAGAACCGAGUGUGAACUGGUUCCACUUGGUUCCGCCAGUUAAAGUCGGCCAUGAUGUCGUGCGACGUUUGCGUGUGUUGUUUUCUGUCGCCGCGUGAUCUCUUGAGUGUUACAUAAUCCCGAUUUGCUUUCGCUGAUGUUCAUUGUCACUGCAACAAAUAAAAAGCCAGCCGUAAAGCCA